AUGGCUGACUCGCUCAAACCCGCCGUGCUCAGUCUGCUGCGGACGGAAGGCGUCAAACUGUGGCUUGCACCAUACACUGCAGGCACCUCUGCAGACGCCUCCGCUGCGACUGCUGCGCUCUCUGCGCUCGGCUCGCGUUACGCAACGGUGAUUGCCGCUCAGACCGCCGCCUCAGUUGCCACUCCCACCUCUAAGACCACCACCACCACCACCACCACUACUACUCCUUCUCAUUCUACUUCUAACUCUGUCGAUGCAAUCUGCGACAUUCUCGAAGGGCUUCGUCUGCAUGCGCUGGACAAGCUCGCCAAGCGCGCUGCAGCACCCGACGACCUCACUGUGGUGAUUCGCCUGUCAUCCUCAGCCUCAUCCACAUCCUCCUCGUCAACCACCACCACCACCACCACCACAUCCGACGCUGCUCCAAAAGCACCACUACUGCCGUCGUCUGUGACCAUCGCUGCAAAGUCGAGCGCGUCGGUGCAGUGGCUGGUCGAGAGCAUUGUCACUGCCGCUCGAAACAGUCAGCCAGCAACGUCAGCGUACGCAGUCAAGCUGAUUGCCGCCGGCCGCAUUGUCUCUGCCACCCCAUCAGCAUCCGCAUCCUCAUCCUCAUCAUCAUCAUCAUCAUCCAUGGUUGAGCUGCCCCGUGAGCACGCCGACAUGACGCUCGCCACGUUGUUCAAGCUCCCGCCACAGCCAUCGCCGCCAACCACUCCGACGCCCAGCCACAGCAGCAGCAGCAGCGCUCCUGCGCUCGCAUCAUCGACGCCAAUCUCACCUGCUGCUGCUAGUAGCACUACACCCACUGUGGUCAUGACGACGGUGCGCGCGAUGGCCGUCCUCACACCCGUCGCGCUGGAUGCUGCGGUGGACCAUAUGGAGUCGCCCGCCAGCCACAGCCAGCGCGAGGACGAGCACCGCCGGCUGGCUGC